GGCUGCAGUUUACUUCCUUUCUCUAUCCAAAACUUGCUAUUCUGGUUCUUCUGCUUCUUCUUCCUCCUCUUUCGGAGAUGAUUAAUCGUCAAAUUGAAGCUUCUCUCUCGCGUAACUUCAGCUAUUCACGGUUAGGCCGGUGAUGGCUCGAAUACUCGGUUAUGGAGUUAGGAAGAAAUGGAUAAAGUGUUUUGGAGUUUAUUUGUAUCAAUAAAUGAAUGGAAGGUUAAGAUUCUGCUAUCAACAAUACCUACAUGAUAGUCAGAGUAGGCUUCCUGGUUGCUGCUUCAAUUGCAGCCUAUUCAGUUAAGCAGCUUAAUAUCCGAUCAUCCACUCGUCAAGUCAAGCCUUCAGAAAAUGGUGAAGCAAGUGCUGAGGAUAAUCGAAUCAAGGGGAAAGACAAGGAGCACUUUACAUAUUCUGAUGAUAGACUCAAAAAUAAGGAUGGGGAGGAAGAAGAAGAGGAAGAAGAGGUCAAACUGAUAAGUAGUGUAUUUAACCAGUCUCGUGGUAUUGCUCCUGACACUGAAGAUGAAGAUCUUUUACCUGAAUUUGAAGAUCUUCUUUCUGGGGAGAUUGAAUAUCCAUUACCUGGAGACAAGAUUGACAAGACAGAGAAAGCCAAAAUUUAUGAAAGCGAGAUGGCAAGCAAUGCAAGUGAAUUGGAACGUUUGCGCAACCUAGUAAAGGAAUUGGAGGAAAGAGAGGUUAAACUUGAAGGCGAAUUGCUUGAGUACUACGGAUUAAAGGAGCAAGAAUCAGACAUAACCGAAUUACAAAGGCAGCUCAAGAUCAAGACAGUUGAGAUUGACAUGUUGAAUAUUACUAUUAACUCCUUGCAAGCUGAGAGGAAGAAGCUUCAAGAAGAAAUUGCACAAGGUGCAUCGGCCAAGAAGGAAUUGGAGGUGGCACGGAACAAAUUAAAGGAGCUGCAGAGGCAAAUUCAGCUAGAUGCUAACCAGACAAAAGGCCAAUUGUUGUUGCUUAAACAGCAAGUGUCUGGUCUUCAGUCUAAAGAGGAAGAAGCCAUCAAGAAAGAUCUUGAGCUUGAGAAGAAACUGAAGGCUGUGAAGGAGUUAGAGGUGGAAGUUGUGGAACUUAGGAGGAAGAAUAAAGAGCUUCAGAUUGAAAAGAGGGAGUUGACUGUUAAGCUGGAUGCUGCUCAAGCUAAUAUAGUAGCCCUUUCCAAUAUGACAGAGAAUGAAAUGGUUGCCAAGGCAAGGGAGGAGGUAAAUAAUUUAAAGCAUGCUAAUGAAGAUCUAUCAAAGCAAGUGGAAGGACUUCAAAUGAACAGGUUUAGUGAAGUUGAAGAACUAGUGUACCUUCGUUGGGUCAAUGCAUGCUUGAGGUAUGAGCUCCGGAACUACCAAGUACCUCCAGGAAAAAUUUCAGCACGUGAUCUCAACAAAAAUCUGAGCCCCAAGUCCCAAGAGAGGGCUAAACAACUAAUGUUAGACUAUGCAGGAUCAGAACGUGGACAAGGAGACACAGAUCUUGAAAGCAACUUUUCUCACCCAUCUUCUCCUGGAAGUGAGGAAUUUGACAAUGCUUCCAUUGAUAGCUCUGCUAGCAGAUACAGUAGUCUCAGUAAGAAAACCAGUUUGAUUCAAAAACUCAAGAAAUGGGGCAAAAGCAAAGAUGAUUUGAGUGCUCUUUCAUCCCCGUCCAGAUCUUUUUCUGGAGGCUCUCCAAGAAACCUUCGACCCAGGGGUCCACUGGAAGCCUUGAUGUUGAGGAAUGCUGGUGAAACUGUAGCUAUCACUUCAUUUGGGAAGGCAGAGCAAGAUAUACCUGAUUCUCCUGAAACUCCUUCAAAUCUUCCACAUAUAAGAACACAGGUUUCCGCUGGUGGCUCUCUAAAUUCUGUUGCUUCAUCAUUCCAAUUAAUGUCUAAAUCAGUUGAAGGGGUUCUUGAUGAGAAGUAUCCUGCCUAUAAAGACCGGCAUAAGUUGGCCUUGGAGAGGGAGAAGCAAAUUAAAGAGAAGGCAGAGCAAGCAAGAGUGGCAAGGUUUGGGGACAAUUCAAAUUUUGAUUCCAGAGCUAAGGGUGGGAGAGAUAAGUCUGUAAGCUUGCCAUCACAGCUUGCUCAAAUAAAAGAGAAACCUGUUGUUUAUGGUGAUUCAAAUGACCAAUCUAAUGAUGCUAAGACUGUUGAUUCUCAAACAAUAAGCAAGAUGAAGCUUGCUGAAUUUGAGAAGAGGCCUCCUAGGCAGCCUAGGCCACCUCCUAAACCAUCUGGUGUUGCUCCAGUUGGUGCAAAUACCACUCCUUCAAGUGGAGUGCCGCCACCACCUCCUCCACCAGGUGCACCACUACCACCACCACCACUGGGUGGACCACCUCGUCCUCCUCCUCCACCUGGAAGCUUGCCAAGAGGGGCAGGAAGUGGUGAUAAAGUUCACAGAGCUCCUGAACUAGUUGAAUUCUAUCAGACAUUGAUGAAACGAGAAGCAAAGAAGGAUACACCAUCUUUGAUUUCUUCAACAUCUAAUGCAUCUGAUGCUAGGAGCAACAUGAUUGGGGAGAUUGAGAACAGAUCAUCAUUCCUCUUAGCUGUAAAAGCUGAUGUAGAAACUCAAGGAGAUUUUGUUCAGUCAUUGGCAACUGAAGUUCGAGCAGCUUCCUUUACAAACAUAGAUGAUUUGGUGGCCUUUGUAAAUUGGCUGGAUGAGGAACUCUCCUUCUUGGUUGAUGAACGGGCAGUUCUCAAGCACUUUGAUUGGCCUGAAAGUAAAGCUGAUGCAUUAAGAGAAGCAGCUUUUGAAUAUCAGGACCUGGUGAAAUUACAAAAGCAGGUCUCCUCUUUUGUUGAUGAUCCCAGCCUCUCAUGGGAAGCUGCUUUGAAAAAGAUGUACAAAUUGCUUGAGAAAGUGGAAAAUAGCGUAUACGCACUAUUACGUACAAGGGACAUGGCUGUUUCAAGAUACAGGGAGUUUGGGAUUCCAGUUGACUGGCUAUUAGAUUCAGGAGUUGUUGGCAAGAUUAAGCUCUCAUCUGUUCAGUUGGCCAAGAAGUACAUGAAACGUGUAGCAUCGGAGCUUGACGCAAUGAGUGGGCCUGAGAAGGAACCACAGAGAGAGUUUUUGCUUCUGCAAGGCGUUCGUUUUGCUUUCCGAGUUCACCAGUUUGCCGGAGGCUUCGAUGCAGAGAGCAUGAAGACUUUCGAAGAUUUGAGGAGCCGUGUACAUGCAGCAACAGGAGAGGACAAUAAGCUAGAAGGAUCGUAAUUCUUUUUUUUUUUUUUUUGGUGGAUUUUCUGUUGUAUAUUUUGUCUUCUCAAUUACGUGUUUUCAUAGAACAGUGUAUAUAUUCUGAUACACUUAUAAUCAGUCCAGUUAAACCUGAAAGAAAAGGAAAAGCUAGAAGGAAUACAAUUUGAUAACAGGUUUAGAUGCUCCAAAGGAAUUUUGCAUCAUCAAAA